AUGGAAAAAUUGUUUGCUGCUACUGGUUGCCCUACUGCUAAAAUGUUGCCUAUUGGUAUCAACAAUCUAAAGCUGGAAGCUGAUAACUGGUGGAAUACUGUUCGUGCAAGCUGCAUGGCUACACCAGGUUUCGAAUGGGAUGAGAUUUGUGUUAGGCUGAAAGAGUGGUUUUAUCAUGAUGAGCUACGUUGGCAGAACCAAUUGGAGUUCCUAACUCUGUCUCAAGGUACUCUGAGUGUGCAGGAGUACACUGAUAAGUUCACCGAGCUGUCUGGGUUUGCUACAAAUAUUGUACCUACUGAAGUUGAGCGUGUUAAAAGGUACAUCAAGAAAAUGAAUCCAAGGGGAGCUUAUGAGAUAGCCCUGAGUAUUCAUGCGUCUUUGAAAGAGAAUGGUUUUGCUAAGGUGGUUACUGCAAAGAAGCGUGCUGCUACUUAUGUUCACAUUCCUCCCAAGAAGCCAAGGAUUUAUGUGAUGACGCAUGCUGAAGCCGACAUCCAUCCUAAUGUCAUCUCUGGUACUUUUCUUGUAAAUAAUACUCCUACUUUAGUUCUAUUCGACACUGGUGCUACACUCGAGAUAGUUAUGAUGGUUCAGGAUUAUCCUGAUGCUUUUCCUGAAGAGUUACUAGAUAUCCCUUCUGAAAGAGAUAUGGAGUUCUGCAUUGAUAUAGUGUUGGGUACUGCUGUAUAUCCAAGGCUCCGUAUAAAAUGGCGUCGUAUGAAUUUAUUUUGCAAGAUCGAUAUGAGAUCCGUUUAUCAUCACAUCCUUGUUAAGAAGGAAGAUAUUCCGAAGAUUGCUUUCCGCACCAGGUACGGGCAAUAUGAAUUUAAAGUGAUGAGUUUUGGUCUCACAAAUGCUUCUGCGAUUUUCAUGGAUCAAAUGAAUCUCUCUUUCCACGAGUACUUGGAUACUUGUGUAGUCGUAUUUAUCGAUGAUAUUCUCGUUUACACUAAGGAUGAGACGGAGCAUGAGAAGCAUUUGAGGCUGGUGCUAAAUGCUCUAGCAUAA